CCCAGCUGUGUGUACCUUAUGCUUCUGCCGAGAACGCGCGUGUAAAUUUACUCCUGAAUUUCAAGUUGACUGACUUUUCGAAAUUCGAAAUAGUCUCGACAGUUCAUUUGGAUCCAAAAAUUAUCAAAAACUGAUCGAUACAUUUCACCAUCACCAUGACUGGGAUAGUUUUCCUACUGUGCGUGUCUUUCGGCUUAAUGAACCGUCCAGUUUUCGCCAAUAAGAAUAAGUUGUGUAACGCCAGUUACUCGGAGAGGCAAUUAUGGCUGUCAACCACCCCCGGAACGCAUCAUACAUUGCAGACCGAGAACCCCGCCGAUUCCCAAGGGGCAGUAACGCCCUCAGGAGGUUCUUCGUGGUGGACUGACUUCCCCAUUCUGCCCUUGGUAUUCGCUAAUUCAAACACCAUUCCUGAGGGUCCUUGUAGGAGGCAAGUGCAACGGUACCGAGAGGAACUCGCCAAUUCCACGCUGUGGGCCGUCCAGAUGUUCGACGCCUCAACGAAGUAUCCGGACGGCGUUCUACACGGUAAUACCAAACAUUUGGGAAGCUUCGACCAAUGCUACAACUUACGAGCAAAACUUCCCCCGGAUGAAUUCUCUUAUAUCGAAGAGCCUGACGAGGUCGAGGGUCGGUACUGUUUGGUUCGCUUGCGUUACCAGCGGAAAGGUGUGGUACCGAAACGCCCGGACAUUUUCACCCUCGACUUUGAUCCAAAUCUAUCCGUCUGGAACGCGAUUGACUGCAGGGGAGACUUUCGCCGUGUCAAACGACACUCUGUCUACCUAUCGCUUUGCGUUCCGGCUAGCUGCAGCUCUCAAGAUGUUGCAGCGGCGCUGAAGGAGCCUUUAAGGAAGUUGGCGGACGCCCGACAAAUACACCUGGACAUUACAGUGAAACCAUCGCAUUGCCAAGCGCGUAGUGACGUCCCUAAGGAAUUCACCAUAGGGUUAAAGGUUUUUCUUUUCAUAGUUGUGACACUGUUCGUCCUCGUGGUAGCAGGUUCGUGGUACGACAGCAGCAUCUAUUCCCCGGAGGACGCUGCCGAGGACAACGAACCUGGAGACUUCAUCCUCUGCUUUUCCGCACGGCGUAACUUGCGUUCGAUUUUUUCCACUGGGAGUUUUCACCCUGGUCUCGAUUGCAUAAAUUGUAUCCGUUUUUUCUUCAUGACAUGCGUAAUAUUCGGUCACAGAUUGAUGCAAUACUUCGGCCACCCGCUCGUCGAGGCCACGUACCUCGAAAAGGCUUAUACCAUACCCUCUUCCAUGAUACUAUUCAACGGACCGAUCAUCGUUGACGGAUUCUUCUCUGUCGGAGGUCUUCUUCUCGCCUACGGUGUGCUCCGUGAACUUGAUCGGAGAAAACGGUUGAAUUUUAUUGCGCUCAUGCUGAUCAGAUUUUUAAGGUUGACACCCCUCUACAUGCUAGUCGUCUUGUUCAAUGCUACCCUGAUGCCGAUGAUGGGAUCCGGUCCGUACUGGGAAGCCAAGGUGGGUUUUGAAAGAGAUAAUUGCGCGAAAAACUGGUGGACUAAUCUCUUGUACAUCAACAACUACGUGCGUCCUAACGAGAUGUGUAUGUUUCAAUCCUGGUAUUUAUCAGUGGAUUAUCACCUUCACAUCGUGGGACUUUUCGUCUUAUGGGCUUAUUGGCAACUUCCAAGAAGACUGGGCUACCUGUUCCUCUGUGGUUUGAUCGCAUUGGGCAUUGCCAUUCCCUUCGUCAUUACUUAUGUUCAGGACCAGCAGCCAUUAUUCUUGGGAUUGCCUUUCAUGGUGGAUGCUAGAAAAGAUCCAUAUUUCGUCAGUCACUAUAUUAAAUCACAUAUGAGAAUCGGUCCCUACAUGGUUGGCGUAUUGGCUGGGGCAAUUGUCUAUAACCAUAAAGAUGCCACGUGGAGACUCCCGAAGGCUUUGUCACGGUUUCUUUUUAUUUUACUGGCAGUCGGAUUCACUGUCUUCAGCCAGUAUUUGGCUGCCAAGUACUUCGAUCCUAACAGCCAGCUACGCCCACUUGAAACAGCCGCCUACGCUGGGUUCCACAGAGCAGCGUUUGCUCUUGGAAUAUGUUCGAUCGUUGUUUUGAUCACAAUUGGCGAUGGUUUGGACUUUCAUUACAACUUUAUGACACCACGCUGGGUCCAGCCCCUUGCAAGACUCACUUACGGUGCUUAUCUUGUCCACAAUAUUAAGCAAUCCUAUGACAUCGGGGCUACUAGAAGCCCCCGCGUAUUUUCCAUUAGCAACUGCCUCUGGGAAUUCGUGCCAGAUAUGGUCUACACUUUCGGUAUAUCUCUGUUACUGUCGGUGGUUGUCGAAGGGCCGAUACGAAAGAUCGAGAAGUUCAUACUCACGAAACGACCAAGCAAAUGUCCCGCGAAAGGAACGAAUUCCAACGGCAUCAAAAAGAGCAACUGAAAAUUCCCUAAGGCUGUAAUUUAUACGAAUUGCCCCCUUGUACAUGUAUAAUAUAUGUAUAGAUAAACUCAUUGUUCGUACAUCGAUGAUGACAUGGAAGCGUUCAUUCCAAUUAUCAUAGGAUUCUUAUAUUAUUAUACAAAUGACACGUUUUAGUGUUAUACACAGUAAUACAUGUGCACCUACAGGGUUUGGGGUGACCUAGAACAAGGAUGUGGAAUAAAAUUUCAUAAUAAAGUAAGUGGAUUGUAGUAGGUUGAAACCGAGAA